ACCAAUAUGAAGUUCUUCGCUAUUAUUUUCGUUCUGUGCGCCAUAGCAGGAAUUGGGGGCGCAACAACAACCACAACACCCACAGGAACAGCCACAACAUCUAUGGACGGGGACUAUGACUCUUCAACUACCUCUACCUCUGCACCUACCUCUGCCACUACAGCAGCUCCUCCAGCACAACCUCCAUGUGGAAGCGGACCCCAAGGACCCUGCGGACAAGCCCCUCCCCUAUUGCCACCUUGUGUGGCCGGAGCUGGUAGCCCUUGCGGCAAGAAACUUUACUUUUUCUACUAAAUGAAUUUUGCAAUCUUUUUGUAUGAAAAAGCUGAUCA